AGGGACCAUAGAUUUUAGUAUCUAGACGAUUGACUAAAUUUACAAUUAAGUAAUAUAUAUAUCUUAAUUUAUUACAAAAAAGAUUAAAUUACGUUCGUAGUAUCGCGUAUUGAUUGUAAUGUUUAUACUUCAUAGUCGUACUGUUUUGUUGAUUUCUAAAAGUAUACAACCGAAUGUGUUGUAAAUGUAAUGAUCAGUUUUGAAAAGUUAAGAAUACUUUUGUGAAGGGCUGUUCGUGUUCAAUUCUUUUUCUAGACAAUUUGCAAGCGGAGAAUAAUAGGCACAGGCGUUACGCCGUGCCAAAAGAUGGAUAGUGCAACGAUACCACUAAGUCUGGAACCGGUGCAGCAGACUGAUGUCUGUGAGAAGAGACUUUGGAUUGGAAAUUUGGAUACUAGAGUUAAUGAGUAUCAACUACUGAAAAUGGUCCGUGUGUAUGGUAAUAUUGAGAAGUUGGAUAUGUUAUUCCAACGGAGUGGGCCGAAUGCUGGUCAGCCAAGAGGGUUUGCCUUUGUGACAUAUAAGUUAAGGCAGGAUGCUAUAAAGGCAAUGAGCUCCUUAAACGGUCAGCUUUUGGGAAACAAACGAAUUUGUGUCAAGUUUGCUAAAAAUGCUUCAGAGGAUCAAGAGAAACCAAAACCAGAAUUAGGUAUACCUGCACUGACAGCUGGAAAACCAGAGCUAAAACUAAGCAAGAAAACCGCAAUCCAGACUAUUGAGGCUAAACUUAAAUUGUUAGAAAAUAUGAAAGCUGGAGAUGAUUUUGUUAUUAAUAAGUUGGCUGCUAAUGAAGCUCCAGUCAUAACUCAAUAUCAGCUUAAACAGCAACAAUCAAAUAAAACCAACAGCUCAUUCAAAAGGCGACAUCCUUAUCAUAGGAAAAGAUAAAUAUGUAGUAUUAAAAAUUUUGCUUAAGAUAAUUAGCAUUCUUAAAACUAUAUCAGUAUUUCACCUUAAUAGUUGGGGAGGUGGUAUUUUAAACUGCAGUCGAAAUACUUAGCUGAAACAUUAACAAUACUCUAAUGCUUGCAAGGUACAUUCUAUAAUAAUAAUUGUAUUACAACAUUUUUUAAAAUUAAUUUUCAAUUUUUGUAUUUGAUUGAGUUCUAGACCAUUAUAAAUGAAUUUGUUUUCCCACUUCCUCUCAUAGCUUUAAAAAUGUGAAAUUAUAGAUUUUUGUAAUAGUUGAAUUUUUUAGGUUUAAGUGUACAUUAUGAGAUAAAUGACUCAAAUAUGAUGGUAUAUAUUUUAGGUAUUAGCGUAGGUAUUGAAGGCACAAACAAAACAAAAUAUAUCUGCAGCUUAUAAUAGGUUUUAAUAUUAAGCUUCUGUCUGAUUAAAAUAAAUUGUAGAAAGUAAUAAUAAUACCUCUACUGUAUAUUGUUUAUGGAUAUUAAAUAUAAGAUCAUGUGUUCAUUAGAUAUUGCAAUCUCAAAUAAGUUUUAAUAUUUAGCAGUUACCAGUGGUAUUUUUAUUUGUAUGACAUCAUAAGAAUUAGUGUGUGUUUUAAAAUAAAGAAUAAUGUAAAAUAUGUACUUUUAU